UUCAAAUCAAUGCCACCCACAAAGCGAGGAAUUGCCAUUGGAAUCGCCAAUGAAACACCUUACAAAUGGAGUGGAAUGAGUCCCUAUUUUCGUUCUGGUAAACCUGGUUCAAAUAUGAUCCCCGAAUUCGUGAAAAGCAAGGAGGCAGCUCUGCCCGAUACAAAACCAACUGGCGAAGCAAGAGGAAAUGUAGGGGUGCUUACCUUCUUUAUCCCAAGAGACAACAAGACCGUGGCGGUCAUGUUCAGUGUACCAUUCGACCGCAAUUUGUAUAUCAACUGGUGGGAUGCUAAAGUUUAUCGUGGUAAGAAGGAAGCUGACCACAAUAUGUAUUCUUCUGCGUACUACAAUCACAACCCUUUCAAAGGGGAGGACGGCUGGCAUGAGAAACACCUAGAUGAUGGUUACAGUGUAAAGGGGAAUAUGACAAGCGGAGGCCAAUGUAAAAUGAAAGUAAAGAUCUUCAAGUCCUCCGAGUGAGCCUAUUCGAACUUGCUUUGAUUUGUUUUAAAAUCAUCAAGUAACUGCAUUAAGGCGUUAUAAUUAGUUAUGUUGAUGACGUUACAAUUAACAUUUUUUAGCUACAAAGCUGCUUAAUAGUAUGAAGGAUUGAAUCAUUUAAAGGCUCGAGUCAUAGUGUUUUGAUCUGAUCGAACUAGCAAAUAAGGGUGUUUUGGUGUGAGUCAGUUAUAAGCUUUUGAGUGAUAUAUAUUUUUUUGUUAUGGAAUAACCAUUUCUUUAAUGAGUAAGUGGCGGAGAAACUCGGAAUUCGCUCUUGUGCAUUUCAGUUUGUUGUAUCUUAUAACCCGACAAAUUCUGUGAGCAAUUUUAGCCACAACAGCCGCUAUUAAAAACAGUUUCAUUUUCUUUCUAGGAGUCGUUCUUUUGGCUACCUGGUACCGACAUUUUCAAAACUUCAUUCGCAACCUUAUUAACUUAUUAUUUAGUUCUUAUUAACCGAGCGGGAGGUUAGUAAGAUUCUCCCAUACAGACC